AUGGAAAGCGAGUUUGCAAUGCCCCACUGUGAGCAAUGCGGAAAGCUGCAUAUUAAGGAUGUGAACCUGCACGUGGCAGGCCUGAGUGAUGUCCGGAAGUUCAAGGAAACCAAGAAGCAGUUUGACAAGGUGCGAGAAGACAUGGAGAUUUCUCUGGUGAAGAAUGCCCAGGCACCUCGGCACAAGCCCCAUGAAGUGGAGGAGGCAACAGGCACCUUGACCAUAACCAGAAAGUGUUUCCGGCAUCUGGCCCUAGACUACGUGUUGCAGAUCAAUGUCCUGCAGGCCAAGAAGAAGUUUGAAAUACUGGAUGCGAUGCUGUCCUUCAUGCAUGCCCAGUACACCUUUUUCCAGCAGGGCUACAGUCUUCUCCAUGAACUGGACCCCUACAUGAAGAAACUAGCCACAGAGCUGGACCAGCUGGUGAUUGAUUCUGCAGUGGAGAAGAGGGAGAUGGAGCACAAGCAUGCACUGAUACAGCAGAGGACCCUCCUGCAGGACUUCUCCUACGAUGACUCAAAGGUGGAGUUUAAUGUUGAUGCCCCGAAUGGAGUGGUGAUGGAAGGCUACCUCUUCAAGAGAGCUAGCAAUGCUUUCAAAACAUGGAAUCGGAGGUGGUUCUCCAUACAGAACAGUCAGCUGGUGUACCAGAAAAAGCUAAAGGAUGUCCUCACGGUAGUGGUGGAAGACCUGCGGCUCUGUACUGUCAAGCCGUGUGAAGACAUAGAGAGGAGGUUUUGCUUUGAGGUCGUCUCACCUACCAAGAGCUGCAUGCUGCAGGCUGACUCGGAGAAGCUGCGUCAGGCCUGGAUUCAGGCUGUUCAAGCUAGCAUUGCUUCUGCAUACCGUGAGAGUCCUGAUAGCUACUAUAUUGAAAGACUGGAUCGGACUGCUUCCCCGUCUACUAGCAGCAUUGAUUCCGCUACCGACUCCCGGGAGCGCAAUGUGAAGGGCGAGUCCAUCUUGCAGAGAGUGCAGAGCAUCCCUGGGAAUGACCAGUGCUGUGACUGUGGUCAGCCAGAUCCUCGCUGGGCCAGUAUCAACCUGGGCAUUCUGCUGUGCAUUGAGUGCUCCGGUAUCCACAGGAGUCUGGGUGUUCACUGUUCCAAAGUUCGAUCUCUCACACUGGACUCCUGGGAGCCGGAGUUACUGAAACUGAUGUGCGAGCUGGGGAACAGUACCAUGAAUCAGAUUUAUGAGGCACAGUGUGAAGAGCUGGGACUUAAGAAACCAACAGCAGGGAGCUCCAGGCAGGACAAGGAAGCCUGGAUCAAGGUGAAGUACGUGGAGAAGAAAUUCCUUAAGAAGCUGGCAAAUGGCGAGACUUUAACAGAGAAUGAGCGGAAACCUCGACGCUGGUGUGUGAAGAAGUGCCAGAGACACAACAGCACCACGAAAGCACCCACAGCUCGUAGAAAGUACCGCCAUGAAGUGGGCAAUGCAUCACCAGCCAUGUUGUCAUCAGCAGCUACCCUGGAGAGGAAGUUCCGUCGAGAUUCCCUCUUCUGCCCUGAUGAGCUGGACUCUCUCUUCUCCUACUUUGACACUGGUGCUGGCUCCGGCCCACGCAGUGCCAGCCACAUCUCUAUGCAGCAUCCGCUAACAGGUGGCCCAUGGAGUGGCAGUGGCAUUGGUCCCGGUGGGAGCGGUACGCCGUUCCUCCUGGACGGAGGUCUGAGCAGUGACAGCGGGCUCGGAGGAAGCACAGAUGGCAGCACCGAUAUCCUGGUGUUUGGCUCUGUGGUGGACAGCGUGACAGAGGAAGAAUGCGAGGUGUCAGAGGAGUCAAGCGGUGAAGCAGAGAUUGAACAGGAGGCAUCAGAUUUGGAGGACCUGAGGGAGCUGCAUCCUGGCUUGUUGAUCUACAAGGCAGCGCAAGCCCGAAACCUGCCUCUCAUGGCAGAAGCACUGGCACACGGUGCUGAGAUCAACUGGGUGAAUGAUGAAGAUGAAAACAAAACUCCUCUGAUUCAAGCUGUGAUGGGGGGUUCCUUGAUAGCCUGUGACUUCCUGCUGCAGAAUGGGGCAGAUGUUAACCAAAGAGAUAUCCGAGGCCGGGCUCCCUUGCAUCAUGCCACAUACCUAGGCCAUACUGGUCAGGUCUGCUUGUUCCUCAAGCGAGGGGCGAAUCAGCACGCGGUGGAUGGCGACGGGCAGGACCCGCUCAGUAUUGCUGUCCAGGCAGCCAAUGCAGACAUAGUUACCUUGCUGCGUCUGGCUCGAAUGAACGAGGAGAUGCGAGAAGCAGAGGGCCCCUUUGGACAACCAGGUCAAUAUCCCAGCAACAGCCCUACUGAGCUGCAGUACAGGAAGUGUAUACAGGAGUUCAUCAGCCUUAAUAUAGAUGAGUGUUAGUGACGACUCCCCCACCUCCCCUUUGCUGUCUUGAAGUUGGGCUGAAUUUCUAGAAGCCCCGAGAGCCCCAUCCUUGGUAUAUUGGUGUUUCUUGCAGAUUGGUCUGGUUUUGAUGCCUGCACAUAUAGGUUGAGCUGCAUGCAGGAAGGAAAAGGGGUCUUUCCUGUUAGCGUUAAGUUCUCCUGCUUGACUACUGGAUGGUUGAUUUUGUGUAGGAGACUCCUAGGGCGUAACCACAGACCAUGGCAUGUGGACUUGAGUGUGUGAAAAGUAUGGGAGAUGAGUUUAGCAUUAAAAAAAAAAAAAAAAAAAGAAAAAAAG